AUGUCUGGACGUGCAAAGCAGGGCGGCAAGGCUCGCGCCAAGGCGAAGUCCCGUUCUUUCAGGGCUGGCUUGCAGUUCCCUGUGGGUCGUGUCCAUAGGCUCCUUCGCCAAGGGAACUAUGCCGAGCGCAUCGGGGCUGGCACACCAGUGUACCUGGCGGCCGUACUGGAGUACCUGACGGCCGAGAUCCUGGAGCUGGCUGGCAACGCGGCCCGCGACAACAAGAAGACGCGCAUCAUCCCGCGCCACCUGCAGCUGGCCAUCCGCAACGACGAGGAGCUCAACAAGCUGCUGGGCCGCGUGACCAUCGCGCAGGGCGGCGUCCUGCCCAACAUCCAGGCGGUGCUGCUGCCCAAGAAGACCGAGAGCCACCACAAGGCGCAGAACAAGUGA